GGACACGAACUGGCGCCCAUAUGGGAUUCCGGUGCAUCAAGGCGAGGACUUUAGCCACUAUGCUGUUGUGCCAGGCCCUAGAGUUAGUUUCUUACAUUCUUCCUUCUUUGUUUUUUUUAAGACUCUUCCCUUCUCUCAAAGAAGAACUCAGAAGAGAAGGGACUUCCCUUACAGGUCUCCAAGCCAUGCCUCUGGGGUCGGUGUCAUUCAAGGACGUCAGUGUGGACUUCAGCCAGGAGGAGUGGCAACAGCUGGACCCCACUCAGAAGGCCCUCUACAGGGAUGUGAUGUUGGAAAACUACUGGCAUUUCAUCUCUGUGGGGUUUUACGUGACUGAGCCUGAUAUGAUCAGCAAGUUGGGACAAGGAGAAAAGCUGUGGGAUGAGAGAAUCUUCCCAAGCCAGAGCCACCCAGAAAAAGAUGGGAAAGCUGAAGAUGUUUUAGUGAAGUUCAAAGAAUACCGAGACAAACUGUCUAGAUCGGUGAUACUCAUCAACCACAAAAGAAUUAAGGAGAAAAAUAUUUGUGAGAAAAUACUUACUGCAGGCAAAACCCAUAUUAUUUCCAAAACACUUUGUGAAUGUCUAUCUGAUAGAAAAGUUUUUAAAAAUAAUUCAGAAUUAACUAUUCGAAAUAUAAACCCAAUUAGAGAGAAAUCUGAUGAGAGUAAUGGAUGGGAGAAAUCACUCCUGAGUACUAAACAUGAGCAAAUGGCAGCUGUGGUGAGUCAGCACGGACAGACAGGAAGGGAUCACAGUGGUCAACCAGAGCCUGUUCCCCAGCAGAAGGUUCCAACUUUAGAGCCACAGUUUAAACAUAAUGAGUGCGAAAAAUCCUUCCUCAUGAAAGAAAUGCUACUUACACAUACUAGAGUUCACAGAGGAGAAAGAACCUUUGAAUACAAUAAAGAUGGAAUUGCCUUCCUAGAAAAGCCAAAUCUUGGCAUCCAUCCACACAAUCUUACGGAAAAGAAGCCUUCUGCAUAUAACAAAUAUGGGAAAUUCCUCUGCAGAAAACCCAUUUUUAUUAUGCAUCAAAGAUCUCAAACAGAAGAGAAGCCUUUUCAAUGUCCUUACUGUGGGAAUAGCUUUAGAAGGAAAUCAUACCUCAUAGAACAUCAGCGAAUUCACACAGGUGAGAAACCUUAUGUUUGCAAUCAGUGUGGAAAGGCCUUCCGUCAGAAGACUGCUCUCACUCUUCAUGAAAAAACACAUAUAGAGGGGAAACCCUAUGUUUGUAUUGAUUGUGGAAAGUCCUUCAGACAGAAGGCAACCCUCACUAGACAUCACAAAACACACACAGGGGAGAAGGCCUAUGAAUGUACUCAGUGUGGAAGUGCCUUUAGAAAGAAGUCAUACCUCAUUGACCAUCAGAGAACUCACACAGGGGAGAAACCUUAUCAGUGUAAUGAGUGUGGGAAGGCAUUUAUCCAGAAGACAACCCUCACUGUGCAUCAGAGAACUCACACAGGAGAGAAACCCUAUAUUUGUAACGUAUGUGGGAAGUCCUUCUGCCAAAAGACAACACUCACUCUCCAUCAAAGAAUUCACACAGGGGAGAAACCUUACAUAUGUAACGAAUGUGGGAAGUCCUUCCGCCAGAAGGCAAUUCUCACUGUUCAUCACAGAAUACACACAGGAGAGAAAUCCAAUGGAUGUCCACAAUGUGGGAAAGCCUUUAGUAGGAAAUCAAACCUUAUCCGUCAUCAGAAGACUCACACAGGAGAGAAACCAUAUGAAUGUAAAGAAUGUGGAAAGUUCUUCAGCUGUAAGUCAAACCUCAUUGUCCACCAGAAAACACACAAAGUAGAAGCCAUGGGAAUUCAAUAAGUGAUGUGAUUGGGGGAGGAUGCUUUUAAGAAUUAACCUUGUACCAGAUGUUGUCUGCAAGUGUAAUAGUAUUCAACAGUUUAAGGUAUUACCUAUUGUUUGCUACCCAAUAAAUACAGACACAAGCCACAGCUGCAUUAGAUAAAGGACAAAGUCAUGAAAAUGAAAACCCCAACUUUAAUAUUAAAUUCAGCAAACUAAAAUCUCCUGGGUCAAAUUGCUAGACUUAAAAAUUGCUUUUCCACUUCAAUAUGUAUGUGUGCCAGUAAUUGGCCAAUUGGCAGCUGGUCCUGUAUUACACUGUGACUAGAAGUGCUUUCAAGGAAUAUGUUAACUGUAUUUCUUAUUGCAAAUAUGUAAAAAACUUGGUUGUCAACUCCUCAAAAUUAACCAACUCUGAUUUCUAACAUUAACUUUUAGAUAUGAUAAAUCUUCAUAUUAAUUAUGUGUCAUGUAUUCAUUGAUAUGGCUUAUUUCAUUUGUCAUUAUUUCCCUAAUCAUCAGUGCAUGUGGUCAGUGUUCAUUUAUUUUUAAUCUGUCUAGAAUCCCAUUAUUUGAAUGUGUCACAAUCUAUCCACUCUACUACUAUUGGACUUUUUACAUUGUUUAUGGCUUAGGAUCAUGAAUAUUGGUUCUGAGAACAUAUUUGUCUUUUGGUGUACAUGUACCUACUUCUCUUGUUUAUGGCUAGGGAGUGGAAUUGCUGGAUCUAAAUGCAGAUGUGUGUUUAGUCAGCUUUGGUAUAGGCGGCAGAAAACCCAGAGCUUCCACCUGCAUGAGAUAAUUUAGUCUAUAGGGGAACAACUAUGAAUAUUAUCAGCAUUUGCUCAAACCAGCAAAUCAAUGCUGAGGAAAGCUGUAUCAAUGGUAUUAUGAAAACUGGAGUUAUGAAUAUAAUACACUUAUGAAGGGCUUGUAACCAUAGCCCAAGCAUUUUUUUUAAAGUUCUGAAAUUUGAUCCUGAUAAUCAUGCAA